AAUCGAUAUGCGCAAAGAGACCUUACUUGCUUGCCUGGUCAACUUGUUCGGAGGUAGUGUUUUUGGUUACAACGUGGGAGUUGUCUCUGGGUUAACCAAGCCUCUUAUCCAGUGCACACUGUUCGAUCCGUCGGACAACAUUCCUCUGAAUCUCUACAUUGGUUUGUUCACAUCCACUAUCCUCGUUUUUGCCACCAUUGGUUCGCCUCUCGGUGUGUGGUUCGGUAACAAGUUUGGUAUGCGUACCUCGUUGAUGAUCAUGGCGGGUAUUGCUAUUGUCUUCCCCAUUCUUGCUACCUUUGUCAAGAACUUCUGGUACAUUCUCACAAUGAGAGGAAUCCUCGGAUUAUCCCUCGGAUUUGCCUCGGCUGUGUGUCCCAUGUACAGCAGUGCCAUCGUGGAUGACAGUGUGAAAGGCCGCGUUGGCUCCACCUUCCAACUGUCCAUCACCUUCAGCAUUUUGAUAGGCGAAUUGAUGAACUUCCUGCUGGUCCCCUCCUUCAACUCGGAGCAGUGCAUCCCUCUCUCCGACUUCAGCUGGAAGAUGCAGAUCUCCUUCUGCGCGCUCUUCGGUCUCCUCCUGCUCAUCACGCUCUUCUUCGGACCCAACCCCAAGCCCGGCGAAAAGCGCGUCGCUUCUUCGCUUUCCCUCUCCGCCCAGGAAACCUUCAUCGACGGCAGACCGAUGCGAAACAGCCUGUUCAGCAUGAAGAACUUCCGGUGGCUGGUGCUGGCGAUCAUGCUGGCGGUGAUGAAUCAGUUCACGGGCGUGAACGGCGUGAUGUACUACGCGUCGCAGAUUCUGAGCGAUGCGGGCGUGAAGAACGUAGCGCAUGGAGAUCAUCGAGAUCAAUCGUAG